CUUUAUACAUCCGGGUUGAUUUAGUGAUCUUGUGCGUUUUGAGACUGGGUUUUUUAUGAAGAAAUUCUCAUUUUAAGAGAAGAAUGUCUUCAGCCAGUGGAACAUUUUGUGGUGUUUGUGAAACCCAGCACGUGGUGAGAGAGGCCGCCUUCUGGUGUCCUGAGUGCGAUGAAGGGUUAUGUGCAUUAUGCGAAAAACACCACAGAGCUUCCAGGGGCACACGAAAUCAUGAAGUUACUUCAGUGAUGAAUUAUAAACGAAUACCGUCCUCAAUAGCUAAUAUAAAUCAUCACUGCUCAGUUCACGAUAAAAAAUAUCAGCAUUAUUGUUCUGAACAUGAACAACUUUGUUGUCCACUUUGCAUAACGACAAAUCAUAAGAAAUGUGACUUGUUAGCAGUUGAUGAAAUUGUCAAAAUGUCGAAGACUUCUGCAUUAUUUGACAUGAUGGAACAGAGUUUAAAAGAUAUGAAAAACAACAUCGAAAAAAUCGUGGAUGACCGGAAGCAGAAUUUGGAGAUAAUACAACAACAGCGACAGAAAUAUAGUGCAGACAUAAAAAAGAUUCGUACUAAAAUCAACAAACAUCUAGAUAAACUUGAACAAGAAAUACAACAGGAUAUUCAAGCUGCGGAGCACAAAGUCCAAUCACAAAUAGAAAGACUACUUUCGAAACUCGCAGACCAUGGGAAAACAAUAGAUAAAUUACAGAAUGAUAUAUCUUCGACGAAAAGUUUUGCAACUGACCUUCAGACAUUUUUUGGUGGUAAAAUAUUUGAGGCUGAUAUCCAAAUGGAAGAGAAGUUUGUGCAGUCUUUAAUAAAAGAUGGAAGCAUACAACAAAUAAACCUAAUAUUCAGAAUGGAUGACACAAUGCCGGACAUACUUUCCAUGAAAAAAAUUGGAGAGCUAUCAAUUAUAACCAGUCCGCCUACCAUUACCAUGACAACGGAAAGAGAAAAACAAGCUCAACAAAUGGUACCGAAGAUAUCAAAAACAAUCGAUGACAUCAAACUUACCUUAUUAAACAGAUUUGAGAUAUCAAAAGGGAGAAGGUCACUUCUUUUCUCGGGAUGCACUAUCAUGCCUACUGGUAAACAUGUCUUCGUAGAAUAUUGGAGUAACCGACUAGUAAUCCAAAACAAAAAUGGACUAUUUGUUUGUGAAAUACCUGUAUCACGUUGUCCUGCUAAUGUAACUUGUAUAAAUGAAAAUUCGGUCGCUGUCACCCAUUGUCAAACGCCUUUUCAUAUAGAAAUUGUUAACAUCGACAGUAGAAAGAUUGUUAAAAGGAUAAAUACAUCUAACGAAUGCUACGGUAUAACACAUCAAAAUGGAAGAUUAAUUUAUUAUGAAACAGGAAAAGGUAUUCAAACAACAGACAUGACUAAUGAAAGUUCUACCACCACUUCAGUAGUUACAGUCAAAGACAAGCAGCACUGGAACUGUGUUACAUCAUCUAAAGAUAAGAUAUACAAUGCAAGUAAUGAAUCAAGUACCGUUACAUGCUACACAAUCACAGGGCAGAAGAUUUGGGAAUACAAAGACGAUUCAAUUUUAAGAUUAAUUGAGGGAAUAACAAUUGACAACGAUUCCAAUGUAUAUGUGGUAUCCUUGAAGAAUAACAAUGUCGUCGUACUUUCACCAGAUGGAAAGAACGCCCGCCGAUUGUCAGUAGAAAAUGAAACUGAAAACCUUCGUGCAAUCUGUGUUGAAAAGGAAAACAAUAUUCUACUCGCUAGUAGCUGUAGUGGUAAAGCCUUUUUGUAUAACAUUGAAUAAAGUUUUUAAAUAUUUUGUAGGCUAGAAGUAUUGAAAUGAAUCUGUUUGAAACAGCCUGUAGACUUUGAAACAAAAACAUUAAUGUAA